UUUUUUUUCUUCUUUUAUUAUUAUCCUCAACAACUUAACAAAUAAAUCCAAAUCUCAAGAAUGAAGUCCUCUAUCUCCUUUGUGUUCAUGGUCUUGAUGGCUUGUAUUGCUAUGGUUUAUGCUUGUGACAAUGCUUGCGUUGGUUCUUCUGAACGUAAUGGUCGCUGUUACUACUCUUGCACUGAAAACAGAUGUAACAUGAGCGGUGCUCAUCAUCAAGGUCAAUUCUUGGGUGCACUUUCCGAUAAGGGUUAUGAUUGCCGUCCUGAAGGUGCUACCUCUUUGUCUUGCAAAAAGACUCCUUCUUUCGGUGGAUGCUUCACUCACAAAUGGACUUGCGGUCGUGGUUGUUAAGUACAUCGAUCACUCCUGUAGUUUAGUUAGUUUUCUUUUAUAUGAUGAAAUAAAAAAAUAUAAAAGUUAUUUCUUCUAUCACUUUGUCCGAUAAUGUAC